AAAAUGGGAUUUUGAGAUUCUCAUUAAAAAAUUACGGUUCCGUAGAACUCAGUCACGUUGCAUUUUAACACACAUAGCCACGCGCUCUGUUUAUGUGCAGUAUAUGGCGAUGAUUGAUUGUUACUUGAAUAGGAAGCACGUAGCCACCUUAAUUUAAGUGAAUAAACAGAUUAGAAAAACAAACAAAAUAUUCUUCCUCUGAUUCUUUGGCUAAACCAUUCUUAACAUUUUUAUCAGUUCGCUGUCUUACUAAUCUUGGUCUUCUUGUUGCUCCCACAAUUUAGCUUUUGCCACAUGCAUGUGUGACCCUUAACCUGUAAUAUGCCACGUCAGUGAAGAGUUCCAAAAAUUCUGCGCAUGAAGUGUUCCAAAUUAUCUUUUUCCUUGAACUGUACAACGAACUUUAUAUUAAGAAUUAAUAUUUUACAAAAUAAAAGACUUUAUAUUAUAAAGCGAUAUGAUAGAACGUUGACUAAAAAAUGAUAUGAACGAGACUGGUGUUUUGGACUUAUAAAAGUGAGGAACCGAGUAAGCUAAUUACUUAAUCGAGUGAAGAGAAAGAACAACUAAAAAAUGGGCGAAGAAGAGCGUUCAGGAGAUGGAAGAAAAACAAGUGAAGAAGUUGAUGCUGGUGCCCUCUUCGUCCUUAAGUCUAAAGAUUUAGUAUAUGUUAUUGACAAAAGUAUAAUAUAUAUCACUGAGGAUAAUGGAUGGUGAUGGGAACUAGGCACAUGGUGGCACUGCGGUUUCCACUUGACGACGUCGAUAGUGGCGCCUCCCUUAUUGAGUUUACCGUAUGCUUUCAAGUUCUUGGGAUGGGCCGCCGGAAUAUCGUGUUUGGUGGGAGGAGCAGCCGUCACGUUUUACUCGUACACGCUCCUCUCCCUUACUCUCCAACACCAUGCUUCACUCGGUCACCGCUACCUUCGGUUCCGGGACAUGGCACACCACAUCCUCGGGCCAAAAUGGGGAAUGUACUACGUGGGACCAAUACAAAUGGCGGUCUGCUAUGGUGUGGUUAUCGCCAAUACCCUCUUGGGAGGCCAGUGCCUUAAGGCAAUUUAUCUGAUAAUGGAGCCAAACGGUGAAAUGAAACUCUUUGAGUUUGUGAUUCUUUUUGGAGGCUUGCUCUUGGUUUUGGCACAAAUCCCAUCUUUUCAUUCUCUACGUCACAUCAACUUCUUCUCCCUCGUCCUAUGCCUUCUCUACAGUGCUUUAGCCGCUGCUGCAUCCAUCAUUAUUGGAAAUAAAUCAAAUGGACCGGAGAAAGACUAUGCAAUAGUUGGUGACAAGGAAACCAAAGUGUUUGGGAUCUUUAAUGCUAUGGCUAUUAUUGCUACUACAUACGGCAAUGGCAUUAUACCAGAAAUUCAGGCAACAUUGGCGGCACCAGUAAAAGGAAAAAUGUUUAAAGGAUUGUGUAUGUGUUACGCAGUAGUGAUAGUGACAUUCUUCACCGUAGCCAUCUCAGGAUACUGGGCGUUUGGUAAUAAAGCCAAUGGACUUCUCUUCACCAACUUUUUGAAUCCUGAGACAAACCAUUACUUAGUUCCUACAUGGUUCAUUUUUCUCAUCAACCUCUUCACCGUCCUGCAACUCUCGGCCGUUGCCGUGGUGUAUUUACAACCUAUAAACGAUAUUUUGGAAAGUGCACUUAGCGAUCCAACAAAGAAAGAGUUCUCUAUCCGCAAUGUCAUCCCUCGACUAGCCGCCCGUUCACUCUUCGUCGUGGUUGCUACAAUCUUUGCGGCAAUGCUUCCAUUUUUUGGAGAUGUAAACUCUUUGCUAGGUGCUUUUGGUUUCAUGCCUCUAGACUUUGUUCUGCCUGUGGUGUUUUUCAACUUCACGUUCAAGCCAUCUAAGAAAAGCUUUAUCUUUUGGAUCAACACUAUAAUCGCCGUGCUGUUUUCUUGUUUAGGGGUGAUUGCUAUGGUCGCGGCAGUUAGGCAGAUUGUUCUUGAUGCCAAAACGUAUAAACUCUUUGCGGAUGUAUAAAACAUGCAAAGCAAAGAGAGGUUGUUGUUGUUAAGCGAAAACUGAGAAAUCAAAAUUUGAUAAUA